GUGUGUGUGUGUGUGUGCGCGUGCGCGCGCUUCCUGGUUCCUCCUUCUUUUCGGAUCAAAGUGAAAGUAACACUUCACUACAGGAGGAAAAACACAGGUUAUAGAACAACACCUGACCUUUAUAAUGAGUGUCUUUAGGGAACAGGACACGUGGACAGACGAGAGUCUGAUUCAGGGUAAGAGAUCAGACUCCCCUGAACCCAGCUGUGUGUCCAUGAAAAGCGAAAUGUCAAUGGAGCCUCCGUUAAAGUUCAGAGAUUCUUCUAAUGAUACUAGGCUCGAGAUGGAUAAGAGAUCAGACUUCCCUGAACCCAGCUGUGUGUCCAUGAAGAGCGACAAGUCAAUGGAGCCUCCGUUAAAGUUCAGAGACUCUUCUCCUGAUAUGAUAUCCCAGGCUGAAAAAUCAAAAAAACCUUUGGAUUCCAUAUUUAAGGAGCUGGAGCACAAAGUCAUCACUGUGUUAAAAAAUGAGUUGAAGAGAUUUAAGAUGCUCCUGAGUCCAGAUUACCCAGCAUGCGCUGAGGGGGAUGAAGAAGAUGAAGAGGAUCAGAGCGAUAUUAGAGAUGGGGUGCUGAAGAUCGUACUGCGCAUCCUGAAAAACCUGAACCAGACAGAUCUCGCUAUCACACUACAGAACAAACUUGUCUCUGCCAACAAACAAAAACUUAAAUCCAAAAUCACUGAGAAAUGUAAAAGGAUUAAUGAAGGAAUCUCACAGUAUGGAAGCUCUGCACUUCUGAAUGAGAUCUAUACAGAGCUCUACAUCACAGAGGGCUGGAGUGGAGACGUCAAUACCGAACAUGAGGUGAGACAGAUCGAGACAGCGUCCAGGAGACCGGCAACACAGGAGACACUCAUCCAAUGUAAUGACCUCUUUAAUGACACGUCCAUCAAAACUGUACUGACUAAAGGAGUUGCUGGAAUUGGAAAAACAGUCUCUGUGCAGAAGUUCAUUCUGGACUGGGCUGAAGGAAAAGCAAAUCAGGACGUCACCUUCAUAUUUCCACUUCUUAGAGAGCUGAAUCUGAUGAAGCAGAAACGUCUCAGUCUGAUGGACCUCCUUCAUAAUUUUUUUCCAGAAAUAAAAGACUUGCAGUCCGUUAAUUGUGAUGUUAAUAAAGUGGUGUUGAUCUUUGACGGUCUGGAUGAGUGUCGACUUCCGCUAAAUUUCCAGAAUAAUGAGAGAUUGUGUCACGUUACCGAAUCGGCCUCAGUGGAUGUGCUCCUGACGAACCUCAUCAAGGGCAAUCUGCUUUCUUCUGCUCGUCUCUGGAUCACCUCUCGACCAGGAGCAGCUAAUCAGAUCCCUUUUGAGUAUAUAGACAAGAUAACAGAGGUACGGGGGUUCAGUGAUCCUCAGAAAGAGGAGUACUUCAGGAAGAGGAUCAGUGAUCAGAGCCUGGCUAAUAAGAUCAUCACACACAUGAAGUCUUCAAGAAGCCUUUACAUCAUGUGCCACAUCCCAGUCUUCUGCUGGAUCUCAGCCACUGUUCUGGAGAGAAUGUUGAGUGAAGCACAGCAUAAAGAAAUCCCCAAGACUCUAACUCAAAUGUUUACCCACUUUUUGAUCUUUCAGAUCAAACACAAAGAUGAAAAGUACCAUCAGAAAUGUGACUCUGAUCCUCAACAGACCAGAGAGAGUAUCCUGGCACUGGGAAAACUGGCUUUCCAACAGCUGGAGAAAGGAAACCUGAUCUUCUACGAGGAAGACAUGAGAGAGUGUGGCAUUGAUGUCAGAGAAGCGUCUGUGUACUCAGGAGUGUGUACUCAGAUCUUCAGAGAGGAGCUUGCGCUUCACCUAGGAAAAGUGUUCAGCUUUGUGCAUCUGAGUGUUCAGGAGUUUCUGGCUGCUUUAUACUCAUUUAUAUCCUUCAUCAACAAAAAUAUUACAAAACAACAAACAGCUGAUCUGUCUAAUCUUUUCAUCAAAACAAAGCUAUCUGAUUUCCUGAGGAGAGCAGUGAACAAGGCCUUACAGAGUGUGAACGGACACUUGGAUCUUUUUCUUCGCUUCCUUCUGGGUCUUUCACUGGAGUCCAAUCAGAGUCUCUUAAGAGACAUUCUGCCCCAGAUGAGAACCGGCUCUUACAGCAAACAGGAAACAGUUGAGUACAUCAAGGAGAAGAUAAGAAAGAAUCCAUCACCAGAGAAAUCCAUCAAUCUCUUCCACUGUCUCAAUGAACUGAAUGAUCAUUCUCUAGUGCAGGAAGUGCAAAAUUACCUGAACAGAACGGAUUCUUGGUGUCUCAGUGGAGUCAGACUGUCUCCUGCUCAGUGGUCGGCUCUGGUGUUCGUGCUGCUGAACUCAGACGAGAAUCUGGAUGAGUUUGAAUUGAAUAAAUAUGAUUCAUCAGAGGAAUGUCUGCUGAGGCUACUGCCAGUGGUCAAAGCGUCCAGAAAAGCAGUACUGUGCAGGUGUAAUAUCACACAGGAAAGCUGUAAAGCUCUUUCCUCGGUUUUCAGCUCAAACAUCUCCAAUCUGAGAGAACUGGACCUCAGUCAGAAUUACACUCUGCAGGAUUCAGGAGUGAACGUUCUCUGUGCUGGACUGCAGAAUCCACACUGUACACUGGAGAUACUGAGGCUGCGUUGGUGUUUUCUCAACAGUGAAAGUUGUACAGGUUUGUCCUCAGUUCUCAGCUCAAACUCCUCCCAUUUGAGAGAACUGGACCUGGGUGAGAAUAACCUGCAGGAUUCAGGAGUGAAGCUGCUCUCUGUUGGACUGCAGAAUCCACACUGUACACUGGAGAUACUGAGGCUGUGUCUGUGCAAUCUGACGGAGAAAAGCUGUACGGUUUUGUCAUCGGUUUUAAGCACAAACUCGACCAGUUUAAAAGAACUGGACUUGAGUGAAAAUAAACUGCAGGCAGGAGUGAAGCUGCUCUCUGCUGGACUGCAGAAUCCUCACUGUACACUGGAGAUACUGAGGUUGUGUAGGUGUUAUCUCACAGAUGAAAGUUGUACAGUUCUGUCCUCAGUUCUCAACUCAAACUCAUCCAAACUGAGAGAACUGGACCUCAGAUAUAAUGAACUGCUGGAUUCAGGAGUGAAGCUGCUUUCUGCUGGACUGGAGAAUCCACACUGCAGUCUGGAGAUACUCAAGUCAGAUCAUCAUAUGUCUUAGUUGUGAUCAAAUAUGAAAUAACAUUUAGAAAAUAAAAAACAAUAUGGACUAACAAAAGGACUAUUGCCCAGCCCCCGUUCCACCACAGACUUACACCAUCUACAGUAGGUAUGAUUCCACUUACUCUUCAAUACAGGAAGAUACAGAGGAAACUAGAUGGUUGAAACAAUAAACUCCAGAACUGUGAGGUGUUCAUACCAGGAUAUUGAUAUAAGAUUUUUUUUAUUAAGUUCUAGUCUUUGGUUUCUUGUAGUUUAUGCAAAAUCUAUAUGUGGAAUAAUCACAGAAGGGUUAUGAGCACUUUGUCUGAUUGUCUUUAUCACCUCAACGUCGAGCCAAAACCCAAAGCAGUCAGACCAACCAGGCAUUACUGAUGGUGCUAUGAAAUGUAUAAUAAAGGUAAGAGAGAUCGCAGAAAAGAUACAUGUAAAACAUUUUAGCUUAAUGAAAUGUAAGCAUUUAAGUGCCCAGAUGUUUCAGUGUUGACAAAUGAAAAAUCAUGUUUAAUGACAACAGCGCCAGCGUUAAUUGUACAAAAGAAAAGGUUUUUAUAUGUUUUUUUAGACAUCCUAUCCUAUCCACAUCCUCAUCUGAGAAGAUGUUCCACUAGAUUUUAAGGUGUGCCUGUGGAGAUUUGUUCUCAUUCAGCCAGG